AACCGAAAAUCAUAUCUGAAGGUGCCCAUAUUAAUAGUGACGCCUAAAUGUUACCAAAUGUCGAAGAAAGUAGUUACUAUUAUUGUAUCCGAAGGUGUUCAUAUUAAUAGUUAUGACUAUGACAACGAACUAAAGUCGUGUACGGUUUUACAUCUGGCAGCAAGAAAUGGAAAUAAAGUUAUGCUAGAAAUUCUAUUAAAGGAAGGUGCAGAUGUUCAAGCGCGUGAUGAGAAGGACGAGACACCUCUUCAUGUAGCUAUUACUAAAGAAAAUACCGAAGCUGUUGGAUUUCUUAUUCAGCAUGGCGCUGAUGUCCACUCGGUUAGUCCCAAGUGGGAAACAGGAUUCACUUCGUUGCAUCAAGCCAUUGUAAAUAACAAGAAAGACAUUGUAAAUAUAUUAAUAUAUGGAGGUGCUGAUAUUAUCAGUGACGCUUGA